UAGUGUUACACCUGAUGUAAAGAUGGCAGUGAGCGUUAGCCCGAGGUUUCUGUUUAAGAGAAUAAAACACUCCGUGUGUUUCAUUCAGCGCCGUAACCGCGUCAAAACUAAAUGGGCCGGCACCAGACCUAAAGUAGCCUCCUCUGACCUCGCCCUGCAUCACUUUGAUAUGACGUACAGUCUGCAGCUGGGUGAUCUGUGGCCGUCGGUUCGGGUCGGGAUGCUGUCGGAGAAAAAGUAUGGAGCUUUAGUGAACAGUUUCUCCUGUGAUUCAGACGUUAUCUCAGCGCUACAGACUCAGGGCUGCAGAGACUUCAUCAGCACAGCGCUUACAGAGCAUCUCUCUACUGAUCCAGAGCUCCACAACCCCACUGCUGCUCCAAUCACCUCACAUAUCCAGUGCUUCACCUUCCCCAGAGGAGACAUCUCUCGAUUCAGACCUGCACGGUCGGACAGUAACGGGUUAUUAAACUAUUAUCUCCUGGACGCCGCAUCUGUCCUGCCUGUCCUGGCGCUGGACGUCCAGCCGGGUCACUCUGUCCUGGAUCUCUGCGCUGGACCUGGAGGGAAGACCCUCGCUCUCCUGCAGACCCACGAUCUCAGGUUUCUGUGGGCCAAUGACCUGUCAGGGUCUCGAACAGCCCGGCUCCGACGAACCCUGCAGAGCUACCUGCCCACAGAGCUGCUGAUGGAGGGCAAAGUUCACGUCACCUCAGUAGACGGACGGCAGUGGAGGGAUAAAGACGAGAGCACGUUUGACAGGGUUCUGGUGGACGUUCCCUGUACAACAGACAGGCACUCACUGAUGGAGGAGGAGAACAACAUAUUCAAGAGAUCCAGAACCAGAGAGAGACAGAUGCUUCCCUUACUGCAGAUGGAGCUCCUACUGGCAGGUAUCCAGGCGGUUCGGCCAGGUGGGGAUGUGGUGUACUCCACCUGUUCUCUCUCUCAGCUGCAGAAUGAGUGUGUGGUACAGCGGGCGGUUACCGUGGCUCAACAGGAAAUGGGCAUCAGGGUGGAAGUUCAGAACCUCAGCAGCUUCACCCGGCUCUUCUCCCACACUUUCCAUUUUGCCCCUCAGCCUGCAGUGGGGGAACUGGUUUUACCACACCUGUGCGCGAACUUCGGCCCCAUUUACCUGUGCAAACUGCGCCGAAUGAGCUAAAGACCCAAUCAGAGCCCUGCUGCUGAGAACAGGCACAAUACUUCGCCCUAUACCUGCUGGUUUUGUAGGGUAAGCUUGUGUAGUGUAUAAUAAUGUAUGUGUAUAAGAGUGUAUAUCAGUGUUUCAUUGGAUUUGUUCACACAGCAGGUAAAAGUGUAUCAAAUCCAGUGUUUUUUUUGAACAAUGAAACUGAAACACCUCUCAUUUUAGUGUGAGA